AUGAUAGAAUCUGACUAUCCCGAUGUCACACUUCCUGAAGAGCCGUAUCAUGAAAUCCUACUGAAAGCUAUUAAAAAGCACAUCGACAACGGGAAGAACAAAAUUGCUUUUGUACGUGAGAAUUACUGUAACUUUAACUGCAUGAGCAAUGGAUUUAAGCGUGGGACUUUAAAUGUCGCAUGUGCAGUUAUACCUAAUCUAUGGCAUUAUUCGGCAUUCUUUCUCGGUGUAGCAUUGAGAGGAGGAGCCGUCUCCGGAGCGUCAUCGAUGUUUACGGAAUACGAACUUCAGCGUCAAUUUGUCGAUUCGCGUGCGAAAGUUGUGCUGACGUCCGAGCAUUUCCUUGAGAAAGUUCUCAAAGCCAUUCAGGGAGUGAUCUAUAUCCCUGAAUCAACGGACGGCUAUGUGCCUCACAGAGUGGUUAGUUGGAACGAUAUUGUCAACACAACGCCGUCAACAUCAAUCCCUAGGGCCAUGAUCGACGUCGACAGAGAUAUGGUCCUAUUACCGUAUUCCAGCGGUACUACUGGAAAUCCAAAAGGUGUAAUGUUAUCGCACAAGAAUUUCGCUACGAUGAUAACACUGUAUAUGCACGAAACCACCAACAUCACUCCGUUUCUUGAUGUUAAUUGGGACUAUGAGAUGGAGAAAAUCAUUCUUUUCUUACCAUUUUACCAUGUUUAUGGCUUUGGUCUCAUCAAUCUCACUCUUCUCCAAGGCAGCACCGGUGUCAUAUUCAAGCAUUUCGAGCCAGUCGCUUUUUGCAAAGCUAUUCAGGACUACAAAAUUCAUUUCUUGCCUGUAGUGCCCCCGAUCAUGGUGUUCUUGGCUAAACAUCCUAUUUGUGAGCAGUAUGAUCUCUCUUCGUUGAAGAUGCUCAUUUGUGGUGCUGCUCCGGCCGGAAAGGAUAUCUGCGAGGAAUUAUCUAAGAAGUAUCCUAACAUUAAGUACAUUCGACAAGGUUAUGGAAUGACCGAAUGCACCAUGGCUUCACAUUUACCAGACCUUAAGAACGAGGUGCCUUUUGGAAGCGUUGGAAAGGUUGCUUCUAAUCUACGAAUGAAAAUCGUCGAUCCGUCAACUGGGAAAGAAAUGCCAACCGGUAUGAGUGGUGAGAUUUGUAUAAAAGGGCCAACCGUAAUGCUUGGUUAUCUUGGAAACCUUGAUGCCACAAAAGCUACAAUUAUUAAUGGAUGGCUUCAUACAGGUGACAUCGGAUAUGUCGACGAGUACCGUAAUCUUUUCAUCGUCGACCGACUCAAAGAACUAAUCAAAGUGAAAGGGUUACAGGUGGCGCCAGCUGAGCUCGAGGACCUGCUACUCACUCAUCCACUGAUUCGGGAUGCAGCGGUGAUCGGAGUGCCAGACAGGAGAGCCGGAGAACUUCCAAAAGCAUUCGUCGUCAGAGCAUCAGAAAAUCUGACUGAAGAGGAUGUCAAGCUUUGGGUUAAAGAAAAAGUCUCACCUUACAAGCAAUUGAAGGGCGGUGUGGAAUUUAUCGACGAGAUUCCGAAAUCGCCAGCGGGAAAGAUUUUACGGAAAGCGUUACGCGACCGUGUUGCUUCUAAGCUAUAA